AGCGGAAGUGAGCUCUCCGUAGACUGCGGGUCUGAAAUCUGGUUGAUGCGUCUGCAGCCACUGCUGAGCUUUGGGUAGGCCAGGCUGGGGGAUCGGCCCUCGAGCUCUGCUGUCGCAUCUCCCACCCCAGACUCCUUCCGGCAUCAAGUCCACGAUCCUCGCCGUGGCCACGCCCCUCCGCGUCCUGGCUUCUCUGCAUCCUGGCUGCUCUGCGUCCUGGCUGUUCCUCCCUGGGUGGAGGGGAGAGACAGCCAUCCUCCUGCAGGUGGAUCGGGGUGGAGACUCUUCCUGAGCCCAGCUGCAGGACACUGAGGACCAGCGAGACUCGUAAGACCCAAUUAUGGGUGUAAGAGGUUUGCAGGGGUUUGUGGGAAGUACAUGCCCACACAUAUGCACCGUAGUCAAUAUCCACGAGCUGGCAGAGCGUCACCGAAACAAGUACCCUGGAUGUAUGCCUACCAUCGUGGUGGACGCCAUGUGCUGUCUCCGAUACUGGUACACACCAGAGUCUUGGAUCUGCGGCGGCCAGUGGAGAGAAUACUACUGUGCUUUGAGAGAUUUUGUUGCGGCCUUCACCUCUGCCGGCAUCAAGUUGAUAUUCUUCUUUGAUGGCAUGGUGGAGCCGGGCAAGCGGGAUGAGUGGGUAAAGCGGAGACUGAAAAACAACCGGGAGAUAUCCAAGAUUUUCCACUACAUCAAGUCAAAAAGAGACCAGCCAGGCAGAAACAUGUUCUUCAUUCCCUCCGGGCUGGCCAUAUUCACACGGUUCGCCCUGAAGACACUGGGCCAGGAGACUUUCUGUUCAUUACAGGAGGCUGACUACGAGGUGGCUUCUUACGGUCUCGAACACAACUGCCUGGGGAUCCUUGGAGAAGACACCGACUACUUAAUUUAUGACACUUGCCCCUACUUUUCAAUUGGUGAUCUGUGCCUGGAGAGCCUCCAGACCGUCAUGCUCUGUCGAGAAAAGCUCUGCGAGAGCCUGGGCCUCCGUGUGGCAGACCUUCCUCUGCUGGCCUGUCUGCUUGGCAAUGACAUCACUCCAGAGGGCAUGUUUGAAAGCUUUCGGUACAAGUGCUUGUCAUCCUAUGCUUCUGUGAAAGAGAAUGCAGGCAAGAAAGGAAAUAUUAUCUUAGCUGUCUCAGACUAUAUCUCCAAAGUUCUUCAUUUGCAUCAAGGUGAGAAGAAGAUAGAAGAGAUGCUCCCCUUGGGGCCAAACAAAGCUCUCUUUUAUAAAGGAGUAACAUCAUAUCUCUUACCAGGGCAGAAAUCUCCAUGGUUAGUUCAAAAACCCAAAGGCAUGAUAACAGACAAGCAAAUGGUGAGUUUAAACCCCGAAUCCAAGCAAGAAGUCCCUAUGUGUAUAGAUCCUGAAUUCAAGCAAGAAGUUCCUGUGUGCACUAAUCCCGAGUCCAUGCAAGAAGUCCCCAUGUGUAUGGAUCCUGAGCCCAACCAGGAAGCUUCCAUGUGCACAGAUCCCGAAUCCAAACAAGAAGUUCCCAUGUGCACAGACUCCGAAUCCAAGCCAGAAGUUUCCCUAUAUACAACCCCAGAGAGCAAGCAAAAAUUACCUUCAGAAGUAGACACUGAAUUUAACCUAGACGCACUCAUGUGUACACACCCUGAAGUUAAGCAAGAAGAUGUCAUGGAUAUGGAACCUGAAAUAAAGCAAGUAACCAUGGUUUCAGAGUCUGAGAUCUUAAAGGUUGCCAGGAUGCAUCACGUCCACUCAGAAAGCUACCUAGUGUACAACAUUAUGAGCAGUGGAGAGAUAGAGUGCAGUAACACCCUCGAGGACGAGCUGGACCAAGCCCUCCCGAGCCAAGCCUUCAUCUACCGGCCAGUCCGCCAGCGCGUCUAUGCACUCCUGCUCGGGGACUGGAAAGAUGGAGCCAGCACUGGCCCCGUGGUGAAGGAGUGGUUUGUGUACCCCGGUAACUCCCUGAAGCACCCAGACCUAGUUAGACCUCUGCAGAUGACCGUUCAAGGGGGAACACCUAGCUUGGAAGUUCUGUGGCUGAGCCAAGAGCCAGCAGCGCAGGCCCGGCGCCUGGACACGUUGCUAGCCUGCUUCAACCUUUCCUCCUCAAGAGAAGAGCUGCAAGCAGUUGAGAGCCCAUUGAGAGCUCUAUGCUGCCUCCUGAUCUACCUCUUUGUCCAGGUGGACACUCUUGCCCUGGAAGACCUGCAUGCAUUUAUCGCUCAGGCCUUGUGCCUCCAAGGAAAAUCAACCUCCCAGCUCAUGCACUUACAGCUGGAUUACAUUAACUCCAGAGCUGUGCAACUGGGGUCCCUCCUCGUCCGUGGCCUCACCACGUUGGUCCUAGUCAACAGCGCAUGUGGCUUCCCCUGGACAACAAGCGAGUUUAUGCCCUGGAAUGUGUUUGAUGGCAAGCUUUUCCAUCAGAAGUACCUGCAGUCUGAAAAGGGAUAUGCCGUGGAAGUUCUUUUGGAACAAAAUAGAUCGUGGCUCACCAAGUUCCACAACCUGAAGGCAGUGGUCUGCAAGGCCUGCUCCAAGGAGAACCGACGCAUUGUAGGCAGAGCACAUUGGAACUCUCGUUACACAGGGAGGCAAGGGAGACAGGGCUACAGCUCCUACAGGACAGACUCCACACAUGGCCAUUCUGGGCAGUCAUGGAGAAACCAGGGUUCAGGGGGCAGACAGCAUGAACAUGACCACUGGAGAAGAUACUAGGAGUUGUACAGAGUGUGGAAACAGGAUCAAUGCCCAGACUCCGCCCUCCGGUCUCAGCAACAAGGACAGCAACCGGGCAACCCUUUAAAGGAAGGAAAAAUUGCUUCUCAGAAGUUUCUCCUAUACAAACUAUAAAAAGAUCCCAUUGGUCUGUUUCAGAGGUUGCUCCAGACUCCAUGACCCAGAACACUUGACAUUAUCAUUGAGAAUGCUCUCCUGACCUUGGCAGGAGUCAAAUUCCAAACAUUUUCUUACUAUUAAAUUGUGAAAAUGAUCCCUCAAAUCAUUAGUCUUUGAAAUCAUGAUGUCUUCUUAUUUUUCUGUUACUGUGAAAAGGCACCGUGACCAAAGCGACUUAUAAAAGAAAGCUUUUACUCUGGGUCUUAGAGAUCCAGAGGGUGGUAGAACCUAUGACCAUCAUGUUGGGGUAUAUGACAGGAGCCAGGUGAGGACUAGCCAACUGGGAAUGGCUCAGGGUUUUGAGAUUUCAAAGCCCACCCCCAAUCGACACACCUCCAUCCGCAAAACCACACCUCCUCCAGUAAGGCCACUCCUCCUAAUCCUUUCCACCAACUGGAGACCAAGCUUUCAAACAUACUAGCUCCAUACAUUCUGCUCCAGAAGGACUUAAGCAUAGUGUGUCCGCAGAUCUUGUAGCUGCCAUGACUUCGCUGCGUAGAUUUGGAACUGGCUUUUCUGGUCCUUCCCUCUAUUACUGUCCUCUUCAAACAUUGCUGCCUUUAGAAAUUCUGUGUCCUUGCUGUCUACUUGUGUAACUUUUAAUUAAGAUUCUGAUCUCUUAGGUUGAAAGUAUAUUUCUAGGAAAGUUGUUUUCCGUCACAGAAGCUGCAUCCUGACUUGUCAAUAAAAUGCGUGCGUACGUCAGUCACAAGUUUAAAUAAGCCACUGUGUUGAUGGAAUAUUUAUCACCUUUAGAGCUUUUCCAGUGACAGCAUUGCUUAGGUUGUUUUCCAGUCAAGUCUUGUGAUAGAA